CCACCAUCAAAUUUCACUUUCACAACUCAAACAAGCUUAGAAUCUGUUGAAGAUGUGUUCAACCCAGCGGAAUUCGGUGCUAGCCUUUGUGAGAUGGAGAAAUUAGAACCAGAGACCGAUCCAGAACCAUCGCCGACCAGUGUUGAAGCCGAAACCACAAGGCCAAAUCCAUGGAGUGCGAAUUUGGAUCUUGUUUAUCCACCAAGAUUCAGUGAUGAGGAUGUGGUUUUCGGUAUAGAUGGUGGAGUCCUUUACAACGGAGCUCCAGCUGAGAAUGUCGAUGUCCCAGCACUUUUGAAUGUUAGCGUUUUGCGGGAUAAGAUGGUUGGAAUAUUGCUAUCCGACUCGAUUGCAAACAGCUUAUUCUCGCACAUCUACAGCAAAGGCAUGGGCAACGUUUAUCACAGGUUACGUAUAAAAGCAUGUUUAAUUGUAUUUUCGAAAUACAAAGGUGAUGAACGCAUGAAUGAAGAGGAAGUUAGAAAAUAA